AUCUCAAAGUGUCAGCAUCAUCUACAAUUUCAUUCAUUUGCUGCUCAAACACUAAAGAAAAUUUAAGGCAAUUUGUAAAAUAUCAACAAUUUGUAAUUUACUAUUGUUGUCACCGUAUUAAGCAAUGGAACGUUGGCAAAAUCGCGUAGCUGUCGUCACCGGCGCCAGUUCGGGCAUUGGCGCUGCCAUUACAAAAGAUUUGAUUGCAGCUGGCCUCAUUGUGGUAGGUCUGGCGCGUCGCAAAGAACGUGUUGAUGAAAUUCGUGCCUCCCUGCCGGCCAAACUACAAAGCCGUUUACAUCCCAUUAAAUGUGAUGUCUCUGAUAUGCAGUCGGUUAACGAAGCCUUCGAUUUGAUUGAAAAUAAAUUGGGCACUGUGGAGAUCUUGAUUAAUAACGCUGGCACCUACAAAUCCGGCCAGGUGCUAACCCUGGAUAUUGAAACAUUGCAGCAAACUCUGCAGACAAAUGUCAUGGGUAUUGUCUAUUGUACACGUCGUGCAUUCCAAUCAAUGCAAAAGGCCAAUGUUAAUCAUGGUCAUGUCAUAUUGAUAAACAGUGUUGUGGGUCAUAGUAUUUUCAAUCCACCGCCCGGUGCUACCACCACCUUCAAUAUAUAUCCUCCCACCAAGUAUGCUGUGACAGGAUUAACGGAAAUUUUACGUCAAGAAUUUCGUGAUUUGAAAACGAAAAUAAAAAUAACGAGUGUUAGUCCUGGUCUAGUGGACACGGAAAUUGUACCGGACAGUUACAAGAAAAUGCAAAUGCUUAAGGCCGAAGAUAUUUCAGCUGGUGUCAUGUAUUGUCUCUCUACGCCACCGCAUGUUCAAGUGCAUGAGUUGACCAUUAAGCCAGUGGGUGAAGCAUUUUAAAAUUACAUUUUACGUAAUACUGUUUUGUAAUACUAAACGUUCAGUUUAACUAUUUAGUGAGUUUUGCAUAUAAAGUGUCAUUUUCUAAUAUUUACGUGUAUGGGCAAUUAAAGUGUUUAGAAUUUUAA